GACAAACAAUUCUUUGAAACUCUUAUUCAUUUGUUAUUAACUACUAUUCAAUAUAAUAAUAAUCAACUAUCUAAAGAGUUUAAUCAAAUAAUACCAGAAGUAAAAGCUAAGUGGAUAGCAACAAAUAAAUUUAACUAUUCAUCUAAAAAUUUUGAAAAAUCUAAUCAGGAAACUGACACUGAAUCUAGACUUGAAAUUUUAUAUUUAGAGUCUCUUUCAACUAAUCCUUCUAUAAAUAAAUUAAAUAAAAAGUUUAAAAAAGCAAACAAGCAAAUUCAACAAGAUAUAAGCCAAGCUAAAACUAUUAUUGGACAACUAAAAGACAAUUUGGAGCCUACAGAAACACCUUUGAAGCUUACUUUAAUACUAUUAAUCAAAGAAGAAAUAUAUCUUGACGCACAAGAAGAACAAACUAAUAUGUAUAUUCCUGAUGAUUCUCAUAGAAUGGUUGAAGAUCAUAGAGUACCAGCUGACUUUACCAAUAUGC